GCACUAGUCCGAUUCGUCCAAUCACAGACGCUCUCUUUAAGACGUCCCCUUGCGCUCGGCCACAUCCGGUCGUAUAUAUGUUGCCACGAGUUAGCGGCGAAUUUGGAGAGUGUCCAUUUUGAGCAACGAGUCGGCGUCUCCGGUAUUUUCCUCUUACCUUUUUGAACAGCCCACCGUCAGAAUGGCAGACGCUGAGACUCUCCUCAUGGAGACAUCGGACCAGAAUGGAAACGAGGGAGAGGAUGACCAGAACGGGGCCGAGCAGGAACAGGAGCAGGAAUCAGAGCUGAUGGUUGGAGAAGACGGCCAGGAAGGCCAGGACGGCCAAGACAAUGGCACGGAUGGAGGAAAGAUUGAUGCCAGCAAAGGAGAGGAGGACGCUGGUAAAAUGUUCGUGGGCGGCCUCAGCUGGGACACGAGUAAAAAGGACCUGAAGGAUUACUUCAGUAAGUUUGGAGAGGUGUCGGACUGCACCAUCAAGAUGGACUCCAACACUGGCCGAUCCAGAGGCUUCGGCUUCGUUCUCUUCAAGGACGCCUGCAGCGUGGACAAGGUGCUGGAGCAGAAGGAACACAGACUGGACGGACGUCCCAUCGACCCCAAGAAGGCGAUGGCCAUGAAGAAGGAGCCCGUCAAGAAGAUCUUUGUUGGCGGGUUGAACCCUGAGGCCACUGAGGAAACCAUUCGGGAAUAUUUUGGGGCCUUCGGAGAGAUCGAAACUAUCGAGCUUCCCAUCGACCCCAAAUCAAAGAAGAGGAGGGGUUUCAUUUUCAUCACAUACAAAGAAGAAUCCAGCGUCAAGAAGUGUCUGGAGAAGAAAUACCACAACAUCCAGGGUGGCAGGUGUGAGCUGAAGAUCGCCCAGCCGAAGGAGGUGUACCAGCAGCAGCAGUACGGAGGAGGACGUGGUGGCGGCGGUUAUGGAGGCCGGGGGGGCCGGGGCCGUGGAGGACAGAACCAGGGCUGGAACCAGGGCUAUGGAAACUACUGGAACCAGGGAUACGGUAACCAAGGCUAUGGAGGAUACGGUGGAUAUGGCGGCUAUGGCAACUACGACUACUCUUCUGGUUACUAUGGAUACGGUCCCGGCUAUGAUUACACAGACCAGGGGAACGCCAGCUACGGGAAAACCCCGAGGCGGGGGGUACACCCGAGCAGCUACAAGCCAUACUGAUGAUCACAUGGAAGUGCAAGGUAAAGACAAGGACUCCAGUGAUCCAGUGAGACCGACGGCUGGACGGACACACUGGGCAUGACUCGACCUCUUUUAUGACAGAAGACCAUUUGUACAGAAAACAACUGAAAUGUAACUUUUCCUUUUUUUUUUUUUUUUUUUUUAAUCCUAUCAUUUUUAGGUUUUACUUUUCCCUUUGGUGUUUUUUUUUUUUUCAUCCCCUCCACAUUUCCAAUGAUGGAAGUGUAAUUUUUACUGUACUUUUUGGUACCCGUUUUGAUUCUAAUGUAUUGUAAGGCUUGUAUUUUACAUGUUGGCUGACUUUACAGGUUGAAAAUCUUGGCGCUGUAAAGGAGCUUUUUUGACAAAUAAAAACCGUUUUCAGUAACUUUUUUUUGUUCUGAUGUUUCCAGGUUCUGGGGUGGAAGAUUAAAAAGUUGUUGAAUGGGUUUAGAUUUGAACUUCAGUUUGAUUUGACUUUUCUUUUUCUUUUGUUUUAAAAGCCACACAACCCAGUGAUCUGUAAUAAUGAAAUGUUAAAUUUAAUAACUUGAAGGUUAUCUGCAUAACUCAAGAAUUGUGCUUUGCAUCCCCCUCAGAUGAGCCAUUUGGUAUUUCCCCCCCUGUUCAUGUGGAAUCGAGUGUUUCAAAACCAUUUUAUUGCGUUUAUAAUUCUUUAAAACUGCAAGCUCCUUUCUUUCAGGACGUUCCGAUUAUACCAGGGAGCUAACGGCAUACACGUGUGUGGGGGAGGGGGUGAUUAUUAGACCACACGUAACUGUGGACUUCCUGUUAAAGUUGCAUACCUCCUUUUUAUAUAAGCAAACUGUUUAAGUUUCUAUGUUUUAGUUUGUGUUCGUUGAGUCCUGCUGGUUUUAGAAAUAUCUGCUCUGAAGUUAAAUGUCUGCUUAGUUUCCUCUGGACAGACUUCAGGACACUGGAGUCUCCUCAGCUAGUGUCUGGCAAUUUAUUAGUAAUAAACAUUCUCGUUUGGAAUAAUC